AUGAUGAAGAUGCAAACAUUAUUCAAAGGAUUCCGAGAUGCCAAUCACAUUCUUCAUGAGUUCACUUUGGCUGAUCUGCCAUUCAUGAACUCUGAUGAUUAUUUAUCUCUGUUUUACAGUGUAACAAAAGAUUUCAAGAAGUAUGAGCCAAUUUUUGAACACUUGAAGUCAAUGAUCAUGUGUUACAUCCUAGAAAUUGCAAAAAUGGAUGUUGAGAUUGCCUCUAUUCUGAAGAAGAGGCCUAUUCUGAAGCCAGACGAACAAUUGGAAAACAUCCAACAUUUGAAGGCAAGGAUCAUUCAGAAGAAGCAUUAG